UAUGUGUUAUGCUUUAUACAGAAGUCUGUGCUUCCCGCCUUUAUACUUACGUUACUAACCUCACAAUGCACACAACUGUCAAAACAUGCAAUGGCAGUUGACAACCAAUUGAUGGAAAAGCGACAAUAAAUUUAGAGAAACACACAGUAAUUGUCUUUACAUGGUCUUUUUUUUAUUGCCGAGUGACAACUUGUUUCUUAAACCUUUGGUUUUAUGUUGAACGGCAUAAAUUAUUAAAACCCAAGGUGAAAGAGUUAAAUACCAUGUCCAAGAAAAAAGGAGUUUCUCUCGAUGAAAAACGUAUGAGAAUGCUGCAAAUAUUUUACGAGAAGAAAGAAUUUUUCACACUAAAGGAUCUUGAGAAGAUCGCGCCAAAGGAAAAGAAUAUCGUGAUACAAUCUGUCAAAGAUGUGUUACAAGCUUUAGUGGACGAUGGUUUAGUACGAUCUGAAAAAAUUGGUACUUCCACAUAUUUCUGGAGGUUCCCAGGAGAAAAUAUUACUGCAACAGAACGCAGAAUAGCUGAUACAAGCAAAAAGUUGGUAGAAACGGAAUUUAAGUUGGAGAAACUGAAGGAAGAGAUACAGAAGGAAAAGGAACUGAAAAAUGAUUCAGAAGAAAGGAGAACGUUAUUAGAAGAAGUGGAAAAGUUGAGGAAAGAGGAACAAGAGAUAAAAAAACAAAUUGCUAAAUUCAGUGGCGUCGAUCCAGAAGUAAUUACGGAAAUGGUUGAAAAGACACAGAGAUACAAAGAUGCGACCAACAUAUGGACAGACAACAUUUUUUCUAUACAGAGCUGGUGCAAGAAUAAAUUUGGCAUCUCGGAGCAGGAUCUUAAUAAACAAUUUAACAUUUCCGAGGACUUGGAUUAUAAAGAAUAAAUAUGAUUGUUAGCUGCUCAUGCAGUUUGGCUUGGAUUAUAAAGAAUGAAUAUGAUUGUUAAUUCAGUUUAUCAAUAAAUUAUUUUUUCUACAGA